AUGCUAUCAUUAUUAUUACCAUCAAUUAAUUCAGUUGAAAAAUACAACUUAUACACUGACUACGGGUAUACAUUUGAAACAGUUUUAGAUAUAUUAACAUCAAAUAGUGAAAUACAUGUAAUAAAAUCAGUAAAAACAGAUGAAGUUUUUAUAUCAAAAGUGUAUGAUAUAUAUGGUAUCAGUGAAAAUGAUUUAAGUAAAUAUAUGAACGAACUUUACAUAAUGAAGAAGUUAGAAAAUUGUGAGAAUGUUGUUAAAAUUAUUGAUUUUAUUAGACAAAAUGAUUCAAUAUCUUUCAUAUUAGAAUUCUGUAGCCAAGGUGAUUUACAUUCAGAUAUUUUAAGAAGAAAGAUGAACAAUGAAAUUUAUACGGAAAGUGAAAUUUUUAAUAUUUUAAAUCAAAUUUUAAAUGGAUUAAGUUCAAUUCAUAAAAAUGGAAUAAUACAUGGUGAUUUAAAGAGUACAAAUAUUUUUAUUAAAGAUGAUAAAAUAAAAAUAGGAGAUUUUGGUAUUUCACAAAUAGGAACAAAUAAAAACUUAGGAACUUUAAAUUUUUUAAGUUAUGAAUCAAUAAAAUUUAGAAGAACAAAUAAAUUGAGUGAUUUAUUUCAAGUAGGUUGUAUAUUAUUUGAAUUAGCUACAUUGUCUUCACCAUUUUCAGCAAAAAAUAUGAGUGAAAUGAUUUCAUUAUUUGAAGAUAAAAAUUAUAAAAAUUAUAUUGUUAAAAGUAUUUCAUCAUUUUAUUCAAAAAAACUAGUUAAUAUUAUUUCAAAGUUACUAUCUGUAAAUACAUUAGAAAGAUUAGAAGCAAUUAUUAACUAUAAUUUAAACAAAUGUGAAAAUAUAAAUUUAGAAAUUUCAAAUAGAAUAGAAUGUAUAGCUACGUAA